UUAUUUAAAAUGUUCCCGAUACUGAUUGACUGACGUGUAUUUCAAAUUGACAAACAUCAGAAAUCAGAACAGCAACAUUUCGAGCCGGUUUGUUAAUGACCCACUAAAGAUGAAUUAUUAUCUUUGUCCCUAUCGCAACUUAAGUUUUGCUUUUUUACUCCUAUGCACAUACGUUGCAGCUGUGCAAAAGCCGGAACUGCCCAAAGUGCGAGGAAUCUCCACUUCUAGAGUCGGCUUCUACGAUCCAGAGCUAGGCUUUACUUGCCUAGAUGGGAGCAAGACCAUACCAUUCACCCAGGUAAAUGAUGAUUACUGUGAUUGCUCGGAUGGAAGUGACGAACCAGGAACCAGUGCAUGUCCACAUGGAAGUUUCUACUGUUUUAAUGUCGGUCACAAACCGCAAGUUAUACCAUCCUACAGGGUGAAUGAUGGUAUCUGUGAUUGUUGCGACGGCAGCGAUGAAUAUUUCGAAGAUCAUAACUGUACUAAUGAUUGUCUCCGCAUGGGAAAAGAAGCCAGAGAAAAUGCAGCAAGGUGGGCUGUAUUGUUCAACGCGGGCAAGCAAUUGAGAGCAGAUUUGAGUCAGGAAGGACAGAAAAUUAAAAAUGAAAAACAACAGAAAUUGAACAAGUUGCGCAUCAAUCAAGAGGAAGCGGAGAAAAUCAAAGCUGAACGCGAACAAAUAAAAAUUCAAGCAGAAGAGGCGGAAAACAAAGCUUUGGAGUACUACAGAGAGUUAGAAGAGGAGCAUAAGAAAAAGAAAGAAGAGUUGGAAGCCGAACGCAGCACAGAACAGGCAUUAGAGUAUUUUAAAAAACUGGACAGCAACGGAGAUAAUUUGAUUGAGGUGGCGGAGAUUCAAAGCAGACAGACGUUCGACCGAGAUCGUAAUGGAGAAGUAUCAGCAGAAGAAGCAAAGCUAUUUUUAUCGAACCAGGAGUCGGUCGAUCAGGAGACGUUCAUCGAGCGGACAUGGAAGCUGAUGAAACCAUUCGUAGAACGGGAAUCUGGAAUGUACCAAUCUGCAGGAGAGGCAGAGAGUGUCCCAGAACACGAAGAUUCUGAACAACCAGAGGACGAAGAAGAACAUGAAGAUGACGAGGAAGAAGAGGAACCUGAACAGUCAGUCGGAACUCAAGAACCGGAGAAUGUUCCUUAUGACGAGGAAACUACGAAGUUGGUUGAGACCGCCACCAUUGCGCGAAAUCAGUAUUCGGAGUCCGAAAAGGACGUCAGGACAAUCACAGAUGAGAUUACACGGCUUGAAGACAGUCUAAAGAAAGACUUUGGUGUCGAGGAAGAAUUUGCCAGUUUGGAAGGACAGUGCUUCGACUAUCAAGACCACGAGUACAUCUAUAAGUUAUGCCCUUUUGAGAAAACUCUGCAGAUUCCCAAAUCAAACUCAAUGGAAACGAAUUUGGGAAGGUGGUCUCGCUGGGAUGGAGCCGAAAGCAAUCUAUAUAGCAAAAUGCUAUACGAGAAUGGGCAGAAUUGCUGGAAUGGUCCAAACAGGUCAACGAAAGUGUCGCUGUUUUGCGGAACGGAAAAUAAAAUUACAAGUGUGGCAGAACCCAAUAGGUGCGAAUAUGCAUUCGAGUUUGAGACUCCAGCCGCUUGUUACGAUCCCAGCAACCAGGAGAGUCAAAGUGAUGUGCAUGACGAAUUAUAGAAGGUAUAAUAUGAGUUUAAUGGGUAUUCAAUAAAACAUUUUCCUGUGCUUUUAAGAUUGGUAAUUGGUCAGUAAGCAUAUCAUGCCUCACAUUUUUAUUUAUUUUGGGUGCUUCAACAAAAAAAAUAUUGUAUCAAUAACCAAUUACGUAAAUAAGUAUAGAAAUUAAACAUUUGUGUAUAAGCAGAUAUUGGAGAGCCAGCCAAUUUUCUAUUUUUAUAUAUACGAUUUUAGCGAAAGAUGUUUAGGUAAUUUUGGAUGUAACGUAAUUUUUUCAGUCUUUCGUUUUUAUUACUUUUAAUUGGUAGGGCAUUUUUGUUUAUUUAUAUGCACAUUUCAUACUGGCACACCAAGUCACACUACCUGAAUAUAUUGUUUUUUGUUGGAAAUUCGAA